AAAUUCCAUUCAGAAAAAUCGAUUUUCCGGAACGUUUGCAACGUCACCAACAACCAAUUGGUUUCCAGGUAGAUUCGCUUUGGUAUGCACCGGUAUGACCCAAAGGUAAAAGUUAAGAUGGAGUCCUUCUUCGCACAGUCCAUCAAGAUAGCCCUCGUGGUGAGCGCAUAUUGGUUUGUCUCAAUCUCACUGGUGUUUAUCAACAAGUAUCUACUUAGCAGUGAAGAUCUCAAGCUUGAUGCCCCCCUGUUUGUAACAUGGUUCCAAUGCGUAGUGACUGUAGCACUAUGUGGGAUCCUUGGUGUAUUAGCCAAACUAAUGCCAGGACAUAUAACAUUUCCCGAAUUCAAGAUAGAUGUAAAAGUUUCAAGAGAGGUGCUUCCACUGUCCAUCGUAUUUGUGGCAAUGAUCAGUUUCAACAAUCUUUGUUUGAAACAUGUGGGCGUGGCAUUUUACUAUGUCGGCAGGUCUCUCACUACAGUCUUCAAUGUGAUUUUAUCAUACAUCAUUCUUAAGCAGACAACAUCCAUUAAAGCCAUGGCUUGCUGUGGAGUCAUAAUUGCUGGGUUCUUCUUGGGAGUUGACCAGGAGGGAUCAGCAGGUUCGCUUUCUGUCACUGGAGUAUGUUAUGGUGUUGCUGCUAGCUGUUCCGUCGCAUUAUACGCCAUCUAUACAAAGAAAGUACUCCCAGCUGUCGACAAUAAUAUAUGGCGUUUGGCCCUCUAUAACAACAUCAAUGCUUGUGUCCUCUUCCUUCCACUCAUGAUCAUAUCAGGAGAACCACAAACUAUAUUUUCAUUUGAAAAACUAUCUGAUAUUCAAUUUUGGAUGUUUAUGUGUUUAAGUGGAGUGUUUGGAUUUGCUAUAGGGUAUAUCACGGGACUACAAAUCCAAGUCACUUCCCCAUUGACUCAUAAUAUAUCAGGCACAGCCAAAGCCUGUGCACAAACAGUUCUUGCCUGUUUAUGGUAUGCAGAUGUUAAACCAGUGUUAUGGUGGUGUAGCAAUGCUGUCGUGCUAGGGGGCUCCACUGCUUACACCCUCGUAAAACGCUCAGAGAUGAAAGAGAAAAUUCAAAUUGAGGAGAAUGCCAAGGCUGCUAUUGAGGCUGAAAAAGAAGACUUACUUCCACAAAGUGAUUGUAGAAGAGUACCAUAGGUGCAUAUAAAAGUACUACAUGCACACUUAAUUCAUAGGUGCAUAUAAAGAGCAUGGUACAGGAGGUGCAUAUAGAAUACAUGAUACCAAAGUUGCAUAUAUAGAAUAUGGUACCUAAGAUGCAUUUAUAAUAUAUGGUACCAUAGGUGCAUAUUAUAUAAAACAUCCUACAAUAUGUGCAUUUAUCGUAUGAUCUGUAAAAUGAAGCCUUCUGAUUGGUCAGUUCUUGUGCUGUACCCAUCUGUAUUGCUACUGAGAUUGUCCCCAUUGAUCAUCUCUGUCGCAAUAUAGAAAAUAUUGGUACGAAGGGGACAUUCUCAGUAGCAAUACAGAGCAUCACACGAUAAAAACGUUAUAGAAUGAUUUGAAGUGCAAUACAGGAUAUAUUCUGGUCUCGAUAUUCUGUAUUGGCACUCGACUUCGUCUCAUUCAAAUGAUUUCUCGAGCAGAAUA